CUUAGAAAGGCUGAUUGACGUCUCCAAACAUCUUACCUAGAACCAACCUGCACCUGUAUUAUUUCUUCGUUGUUUUUGCUGCCAUAAAUUUGGCAUUGUCUGUAUAUAUAUUAGAAAGAAUUGCUUUUUUUGUCGUAGUGAAUUCUUUCUACCAUCAUUCAAAAAUAAUACGGUUUUGUUUUAAUCUUUUUUUUUGUUAGGACUCAUAUCGGAUCGUCCUUAUUGGCGUAUUCGAAAUUAUAUUUCCUUUAAAAAAGCCAUUGUUAUUGAAAAAGGUCGCUAGUUGCUUCUUUUCUUGUCAUUUGUCAUUCCUAAUUGAUUCCAUAACUUUUCUCUGCCUACUACUUCCUCGUGGCUCCGUAAAUUAUCUUUCACUGCUCAUCGAUUGCCUUUACCUUCUCUCAUAUUGUCAAACAACUUCCCCACCUAGUUGAUUGAUUGCUCUUUCACCUUUUUGAAACAGAGGCAUUUCCAUUUAUUUUCCGUAGUCCUUUUUUUAUUUUGCAUUUUUUUUUUACAUUCUUUUUUUUUUGGCCUUUACUGGCUUUUUUUUAUUAAGUGAAGCUCUGUGUGUCCCAUUGUUUUUUCUUCUUUCUUUCGUUUCCUUUCAUCUUCCAUUCCUUUCUACCUUCUCCGUUUCCAGUACUCCCUUCCUGAAUUUACUCUUGCUGUCCGCCACCAAUAUUGGCUCUUAUGGAUACAGUUUUUGUACCCAAUCCUCAGUUUGAAUCACUUACUCCGCUUAAUCGCCAAUUAAACCAUUCUUCCUCUAUUUCCAUCAUGGAACCAUGGAAUUCUAUUUCUUCCUUAGCUUCGACAUCUACCCCAUCUUCUCAUCCAGCUCCUUCUGAUUCGCAGCCAUUGACCUCUAUGGAUACUUCAUCUCCCCGUUAUACUACCUCUAGUAACCAAAAAAGCCCUUCUCUCCCACCGGGCCCCUCUUCUAGAACUCCCUUUACCUCUGCCUUAUCCAAUUCCUACUCGGCUUUUCCUUCCCAGCCCUUUACUAAUCACAAUCUGUUGGAAAAUCCAAACUCCCGCAUCUAUGAAUCUUCACCCCCUUCAUCAUCUUCAUCCCUGUCGUCUCCUAACCAGCGAGGUCUCUACAGCCACUCCUCCCAAUUGCUCUCAGAUGAACUAUCUUUUGAUCCAAAAGUAUCCAUUCCUCCUAACGAGCUUCCUUCUAUGCUAUCCUCUACUUUAUCGAAAGGUACUCCACCUAAUUUUUCUCCUUCUCAUGAUCGUUAUUCCUCUCAUGUCCCUACUUCCAUCUCAAAAGGACAACUUGCCAAUCCAUCUGCUUUGGCCAACCCUUUGCGAAACUCGCCAAAUAAUGCUGAAAAAUGGAAUCGUUUUUCUUUUUCAGAAGCUGUCAGUCCUAACCGCUCAGCUCAGUCCCAAUUGUUUGCUCUUCAACAACAACAACAGCAAAGUCCUUCUGUUCAGAAUUCUACCUCAUUUCCUUUACAGUCUGUCCGGCCUAACAGUGGUGAUGCUUAUUCUAGUUUGUCCACCGGUCUUUCUGCCCGUCGUCCUAGUUUAAACACUGAUCAUCACGGAAGGCCCAUACCCGCUACUAGUCUUCGUCUUCCUAGUGGCCCAUCCCUGAACGGCGCUCAGGGAUCGUCAAAUUUGCAGAAUGUUGCCUUAAAUCUUUCUCCUCGCAAUGUUGGGGCUCAGGCACCUUUGUCCGCUGAUCCCACGUUUACGUCCUUUGACUUUUUGAACGAUAAUUCGAUCUGGUCUAAAUCUUCUGUAUCCCCUUCUACAAAGUAUAACUUGUCAAACUCUGCUUCUACUCCCUCCCAUACUUCUGAUACUACAGUUCCGAUGUCCUCCUCCCGAUUAUCUGUACAAGGUAAUAAUGUACCUAACCUUGUUGCUGAUCGGUUAGACCUUGCAAAUGCUAACGGUCUUGCACAAAGAUCUACACACUCUUGGACCCGUCAUUCUGCCUCAGGUUCUUCACGUUCUUCCCUAUUUUCACCAACCACUGGACGGGUUCCGGCGAAUUUAGAAAAUCACCUCGCUCAACUGUCGUUGAAACAGAGAAGCAACAGCGCUAGUUUUCCUUCUAUUAAUACUGCGAAACCAUCUAUUGUCUCAGAAGAUCUAGCUAGUAAUGCAAAUGCCCUUGAAGAAUUGGCAAGUCCAAAUGAGUUGACCGAGGAUCGAUUCGCAUGGCCAAGAGCGCAGAGACGCUCUUCUGUUACAGAUGGUAAAAAUUAUCGACUAGUUCCUCCUCCUUUGCGCUCUUCAUUUGAUGUAUGUACCACUCCAGUUGCUUUGCGUCCUACUCUGUUGGCAUCCAGUCGACUUCCGUCUUCAGCACCGCCUCAAACCUUGCAUUUCCCAAAUGUGCCUCCGCUGUCUGCUCCUUUGUCUGACGUUUUAGAAUCAGAUGUAGAUGCGUCUACAGUUGCUCAAACUAACGCUUCAGCCUCGAAUUUACUAUUAGUUGAAUUUAAAGCUAGUCGUACAGAUGUAUUUGUUGCAGAUGCAGGUCACUUGACUGAUGUCAAAGUUAAUAGCUAUGUUAUUGUAGAGGCAGAUCGUGGUCAAGAUUUAGGUCGAGUUGUCGCGAAGGACUUGUCUCUUGUUGAAGCAGCAGCUCAGUUAGCAAGCUUGAAAGAGGAACAAUUAGCAGCUUUACGACCAGCUGAAGGAAACAACACUUUUGGAGCUAAAAGUGAUAGUAGUAUAUCUACUACUACAGGUUUGCAUCCAAAGCACAUUUAUCGUUUAGCUGAGCCUCGAGAAGUGGAUGAGCUCGCUUCAAAGUAUCAAGACGAAUCGCAAGCAUUAUUGGUUUGUCAAGCCAAAGUACGACAGAGAAAGCUUCCUAUGGAAGUUUUAGAUGGAGAAUAUCAGUGGGAUCGAAAGAAACUUACAUUCUACUACCAUGCUAAGCAACGUAUUGAUUUUCGCGAGCUUGUUCGUGAUUUAUUUAAAGUUUACAAGACUCGUAUAUGGAUGUGUGCUGUAAAUGAAAGUAAUCUUCCUGCUAAUGAUUCCGCAGGAGCAAGUUGGUAAUUUACUAUAACCCAUUGUUUGUGGCCUCAUGAGCCUUUAUGUAGAUGGGAUUGACUGGAAGAGAUUACAUUCAAGUAGCGUUUGCUGAGUUUGAUAAAUAUAUCUCUAAAAAUUAGCAUCUCUUUUUGGGUAUGGCAAACGCUCAAUUAUGUUUGAAAGAUAAAAUAAGCAGUUUAUACUUCUUUUCUGCUGACACUUUACAAUUUUUAUGAUGAUUGCGAGUUUAUGAAUAAUUGUUUCUUUUUUUUUUCUGAUUUUGAAGUUUAUACGCUGUUAGAGCUCGGGAAAAUUUUUACCUCCUUAUAAUGGAACAAGAAGACUGAUUGUUUACGAGAGAUGUGAAAUGAGAAAUUAGAAAAUGAUUUUUUUAUAAUUAUAAUGUUAAUUCGACGAUGCCUUUCUUUAUGCUUUACUGUUUGGUGCCUAUAAAGCUGUCCAAUUGCUUUGCAUUCUCUCCCUUACUUACUAGAAUUAAAAUGUUACCUUCUUGAUUCAAGGAUUUUUUGCAUUUUCCUGCUUUAUGAUUGAGUUUUGAAUGAUUUAUGGACGAAAAGUCAAGAUAAACAUUAUAGAGCUUUAUAGACAUAUGAAUUUUAUAGACUUCUGGAUACAUAUUUUCUUGUCUUCUUUUUGAGUUAUUAUGCUAAAAUAUGAUGACUUUUUACGCUUUAAAGCUGAUGCAUUCCCAAGUGUAGGUAUAAACAAUUCAUAAAAUGAAUAGCAAUUUUAGAAUCCAAUACAAGUACUAUGCGUAGUAUAUCC